CGGUUGUCCUUGUAGCGAUAUCUCUUGUGGGCUGUGGUAUGAUAAGACUGUUGUUUACUCAGUAACUUGAUUUUUAAAUAAUUUCGUCGUGUGUUACAAAUGUGGGGUAUAUUAUAUAUGAACUAUUAAAUUGCAAUGUCUUUACUGUAUAUGAAUGAAUACCCUAUGCUAUCAAAUAACGUUGUUCACGAAAAGAUGGAAAUACAUUAGAUGAUAAACGGCAACUACGUUUUAAAUUCCUCUGGGCAAGUAAUGUUAUAAAAAGGAUUCAUGACAGUGGGCGUUUUUUAGGCUUUUUGUAUAUUUAAUAAAAUAACCCUUAUAAAAAACACUGAUAGAUUAAAAAAUUCAACAUAUGGUUCAUUGGUAUUAAGUGAAAUGGAAAAUAAUGAAGAUGACGAUGACAAUUAUUCUGAUGCCAGUUCUUUAGCAUUAAAUGGCUCAGUAAUUUCUACAGUUCCUGACAGACAUGGAUUUUUUGGAGGAACACAGUAUUUAGCUGAGUCAAAGCAUUUUAUAUCACCUAAUACUAUCAAAAAAAGAGAAAGAAAGUGGAUUCAAAUGACAACUAAUUGGGAUAAACAUAUGAAAAAAAAUUUUAAAAAAGUACAAAAUAGAUGUAGAAAAGGUAUUCCACAAUCAAUAAGACCUAGAGCUUGGUUAUAUUUAAGUACAGCAAAUAAAUUACUUGAAGCUAAUAAAAACUUGUAUUUCAAACUUUGUGAUCAACCAGGAGAUCGAAAAUGGAUUGAAGAUAUUCGUAAAGAUUUACAUAGACAAUUUCCAUAUCAUGAAAUGUUUGUUAGUGAAGAUGGUACCGGUCAAAAAGAAUUGUUCAAUGUUCUUAAAGCAUAUACAGUUUUUAGACCAGACAUCGGUUAUUGUCAAGCUCAAGCUCCUAUAGCUGCCUUCCUCCUAAUGCACAUGCCUGCUGAACAGUCAUUUUGGUGUUUUGUAUCUAUUUGUGAUAAUUACCUUGUUGAUUACUAUAGUCCAGGAAUGGAAACCUUAAUAGAAGAUGGAAACAUACUUUUUUCAUUAUUAAAAGAAACUGAGCCCAGUAUUUAUAGACAUCUAAAAAAACAAAACAUAGAUCCUAUUCUGUAUAUGACUGAAUGGUUUUUAUGUGCAUUCACAAGAACACUACCUUGGCCUACUCUAUUAAGGUUUUGGGAUAUAUUUUUGUGUGAUGGUAUUAAAUCUAUAUUUAAAAUGGCUUUGUUGAUUAUUAAAGUAUCAUUGCAAGCAAGAUCUUACUCAGGACUCAAAAAACGUUACCCUACCAUGUGUGAAACCUUAGAAGCUCUAAGAAACCCACCUCUUAACUUAUUGGAAGAAAAUAAAAUAAUCAAAAAACUCAUUCAACUUGAAAUAUCAGAAGAAGAUUUAAAGAAUCAUGAACGAAAAAGUCUUAUGUUAAAACAAAAAUUAAUACAAGAAUCUAGAAAACCUCGAGAGACAGACAUUUUUUAAGCUUAAGUUAAAAUUUUUCAUUAUGUAUUUAAUAUAAAAUUAGUGAAGAAAAUAUAUUUUUUAAAUAAGACAAUUAUUUAUUUUUAAUUUGUUAUACUACUAUUAUAUUUGUUAUUUAGUAUUCAAAAAGUAUUGUUAUUUGUAUUGAAUGAUUAAUUGGUGCUUUUAAAUGUAAAUAUAAUUAUUUAUAUUUCUAGUAACUUAUUUUUAACUACAAUGUUUAAAAUACAUCUAAAAUUAGUGUUC